CUACUAUGAGCUGUGAUAUGUGCUGCUUCUUCAUCGAGAUGGGACUUCCUGUUCUAGGAAAAAAGUAUGGCUAUUCGCGGGUCGGCUAGUCGACCAUAGAAAACUUUGCUCCAUCUUAGUUGCGAAGUUCCCUUGAGUUUCGCUUGAAAGUGGCCCCUGAAAAUCUUCUAGUGGUUUCCACGUGCCACAUGGUCGACAGGGGUUCCCUUGUUGUCACUUUGAGAAGUCUCGCUGGCGUAAGGACGUGCUCAAGCAAAACCCAAACUAUCAGGUGCUCUUCAAGUGAGCUGAGCUGCGGCUCUAUAAGUCAAACUGAACAGUGCUAGACAUGCUGCAAAGUGCGAUUUCUGGGGCUUUGCUUUUGGCUUCCCUGACAUGGCUUGCUUAUCUUGAGGUAUUGGAAUGCGAGCGAGGGACCUUCCGUAUGGUCAAAGCAAUCACUUUGAGAAACAACGCGACCGAUUGUCUAUCUAUCUGCGAAUCAAAUGUUCAGCAGCACUUGGAUGUCUUGAAACGGCAACUCCCUGAUCCGUGCCUAGCUCUGACAAAGCCGCUGCACGGAGACUUUGAUUGGCUUUACACCAAUAGCACAGCGGAGCAAAUGAAACUGGCUGGUGAUUCUACAAGCUUCUCGGUGACCGCAUGCAUGUGUUCAGUCGAUUUGACAAUCAAUCGAAAGUACAGGACGGAUCUUUUCUCAAAACGACCAAAGAGAAAAAGCUCACCAUUCAACACCCCGACUUCAGUAUCUUCGUUAGACUGUACCUUUGCCGCGAUGUCGAAACGCCUCGCAAUUUUUGGAUGGAAGGUUGACCCUGAUGAGAUCGAAUGGCGGUACAGAUUCAAGGGUAUGAUACGCGAAACCUUGAGCUGCAAGACUUGGACAACGUUGGAUCGUCCCUCGAUCAAAAGUCCGUUCUGGGUCCUCAAAUACGACCUCACCAAAACUCAGCUGCAAAAGAUUGACGCCUAUCUAUCAAAGCCAGAGAAGCCUCCCCUUCCAUGGCAGUGAGGAAGUGAGUCCUUGAACAGCUUAUGG